CUGCUGCAGCCCCAGCCGUGGCUCUUGUCCUUCUCCGCGGCCGCCAGCCUCGCCAUGCCUUCCUACACCGUGACCGUGGCCACGGGCAGCCAGUGGUUUGCCGGCACCGAUGACUACAUCUACCUGACCCUCGUGGGCUCGGUGCGCUGCAGUGAGAAGCACCUGCUGGACAAGCCCUUCUACAAUGACUUCGAGAGGGGGGCGGUAGAUUCUUAUGAUGUGACUGUGGAUGAAGAACUCGGAGAUAUACUUCUGAUCAAAAUUGAAAAACGAAAGUAUUGGCUCCAUGAUGACUGGUAUCUUAAGUAUAUCACUUUGAAGACUCCCUAUGGAGACUACAUUGAGUUCCCCUGCUACCGCUGGUUCACAGGGGAGGGCGAAAUUGUCCUCCGAGAUGGGAAAGCAAAGCUGGCUCGGGAUGACCAAAUUCACAUCCUCAAGCAGCACAGACGCAAAGAACUGGAAAUGCGGCAGAAACUCUAUCGGUGGAUGGAGUGGAACCCUGGAUUCCCGUUAAGCAUCGAUGCCAAAUAUCAUAGUGAUUUACCACGAGACAUUCAGUUUGACAGCGAGAAAGGAGUAGACUUUGUUUUAAAUUACUCCAAAGCGAUGGAGAAUCUCUUUGUGAAUUGCUUCAUGCACAUGUUCCAGUCUUCUUGGAGUGACUUCGCAGACUUUGAGAAGAUCUUUGUCAAGAUCAGUAACACCAUUUCAGAAUAUGUCAUGCAGCACUGGCAGGAGGAUUUCAUGUUUGGCUACCAGUUUCUGAAUGGAUGCAACCCAGUCAUGAUCCAGAGAUGCACCAAGAUCCCAGAGAAGUUCCCAGUGACCACAGAGAUGGUGGAGUGCAGCCUGGAGCGGCAGCUGACCUUGGAAGAGGAGAUCCAGCAAGGGAACAUCUUCAUAGUGGACUUUGAAAUUCUGGAUGGCAUCGAUGCCAACAAAACUGACCCGUGCACCCUGCAGUACCUGGCAGCCCCCAUCUGUCUGCUGUACAAGAACCUGGAGAACAAAAUUGUCCCCAUCGCCAUCCAGAUUAAUCAAACUCCAGGAGAUGAUAACCCCAUUUUCCUCCCUUCUGAUGCAAAGUAUGACUGGCUUCUGGCCAAAAUCUGGGUUCGAUCUUCUGAUUUCCACGUCCACCAGACCAUCACCCACCUCCUACGAACACAUCUCAUGUCCGAGGUGUUUGGCAUUGCCAUGUUUCGGCAGCUUCCAGCUGUGCACCCUGUUUUCAAGCUCCUGGUGGCUCAUGUGCGCUUCACCAUUGCCAUCAACACGAAGGCCAGAGAGCAGCUCAUCUGUGAGUGUGGGCUCUUUGAUAAGGCCAAUGCCACUGGGGGUGGAGGACAUGUGCAGAUGGUUCAGAGGGCCAUGAAGGAUCUGACUUACCAAUCCCUGCUCUUCCCUGAGCACGUCAAGGCCAGAGGCAUGGACAGCAAAGAAGAUAUUCCAUAUUACUUCUACCGGGAUGACGGUCUCAAGGUCUGGGAAGCCAUAUGGAGUUUCACAAUGGAAAUAGUGGAGAUCUACUACGAGAGUGAUGAGGUGGUGAUGGAGGACAUGGAGCUCCAGGACUUUGUGAAUGACGUUUAUGUCUACGGGAUGAGGGGCAAGAAGGCUUCAGGAUUCCCCAAGUCCAUCAAGACCAGGGAAAAACUAGCAGAGUAUCUGACGGUGGUGAUCUUUACCGCUUCUGCUCAGCAUGCUGCAGUGAAUUUUGGCCAGUAUGACUGGUGCUCCUGGAUUCCUAAUGCUCCACCAACCAUGCGGGCACCUCCCCCAACAGAAAAAGGCGUGGUCACCAUUGAGCAGAUAGUAGAAACUCUGCCAGAUCGGGGACGCUCCUGCUGGCAUCUGGGAGCCGUCUGGGCCCUGAGCCAGUUCCAGGAAAAUGAGCUGUUCUUGGGCAUGUACCCAGAGGAGCAUUUCAUCGAGAAGCCAGUCAAGGAAGCCAUGGUCAAGUUCCGUAAGAACCUCGAUGUCAUUGUCAGUGGGAUCACUGAGCGGAACAAGAAUAAGAAGCUGCCUUAUUACUACCUGUCCCCGGACCGGAUCCCCAACAGUGUGGCCAUAUGAGUCAGCCCCCGCCUCCAGCUCCGGGAUCAGGAGGGACAUUCUCUCAUUGCAGCAGAGGGAAGGCCUUCGUCUCCUCUGGGGGUCAGAGGGGACUUCUGUGCUGUGUGUCUACACCUGAGCAAUCCUCCUUUUAGCAAGAACCUCUCUGGACACAUUACCAGGCCAAGCAGCUUACGAUGCCACACUUGCGGUGUCAAGCCAUAGGACAUACAAUGAUACAGCCCCCAUUUGACAAGCGCCUUCUCUACAGAGGCCUUUGUUUCUCAGCAAAGUGUAGAAAUUGUGACCCUCCCUCUCAGUUCCCACCAGGGAAUUUGUACCUUCUCUGUAGCACAUGAAAUCUGAAUGAUCACAAAAUAAAAAUGGAAUUUUCUGGCACUGAAAUUAUGUGCCUUUAUAGAAAUACUAUUAGAAGGUCCCUCUUGCCCCAUCCUGAGUGUCACACACUGGACAGCUGCCUAUUUGCCCAGGACUUCUGGUCACUGAGCCCCUUGGGUCAAUUGGCACGAGCUCAUGGUAAGUCAUGUCAUGAAGGGGUUCAGCGGUUCACCCAAAAUGCCACGUUUAAUUGAAUCACCCGAUGACCCUAUGGCUCCGUUUAGAACUCCGGGCUGAUGCCUGGCUGUGUGGCCUUCCCACUUCCCCACCCCUCACUGCACAAACUAUUAGUAGGGACCUGAGAGGGGGCAGCAGCAGCAAGCCUAGGAACCAUGCAGCUGGGUUUAGAACGUAGACUGGUUUCUUACAGUUUUCUUCUCUGUUUUUCUUGUAUUUGAUAAAAUUAAAAGAUUCCUACAUUUUCA